UGGCAGUGAGUUCUUACUCGUCCUCAUUUGCUCUACGGAAGUCGUUGUCCUUAAAUUUGUGGAAUCUAAAGAAAGGACCGGAUCGUCCUAGAUUGCUCAUCGGAGGAUUUAAAUAGUUCACUACUGUUCUUCCUGGCAGCAGCUAAGCCGCUAGGGUAGAGGCCAGAGGGCCUUCUGACCCACAAUGUCGAGUAACUCAAAUCGGGUACCCUGGGCACAGGGAACUGAAGUGGAGGGUAAAUACCAGUUUAGAGGACGGACAAGAGAGGAUCUUCCUUUUGAGAAGGGCGAGAUCCUUUGCAUUGAAAGUGUUACGCGGGACCCCAAUUGGUACAGAGCUUCAAAUCGUUUUGGACAAGUAGGAAUGAUACCUUACAACUAUGUUAAAGAAAAAAAGAGAGCUGUUAAACUUCAUGCAAUGCCAUGGUUUCAUGGCAAGAUCUCAAGGCAAGACGCUGAACAACUCCUUGACCGUCAUGAUGACGGCUUGUUUCUGGUUAGAGAAAGUGUCAAUUACCAGGGAGACUAUUCACUCUCUGUUUGCCAUGGUGGUAAAGUUGAACACUACAGAGUAAGAUACACAGAAGAUAACAAACUCACCGUGGAUGAUGAAACCUUUUUUGAAAACCUUACUAAACUUGUAGAGCAUUAUGAAGGAGAUUCGGAUGGGCUAUGUACAAGACUAGCCAAACCUCUGAAAAAGAAAGGAGGACACUAUGAUUUUUCUGUUGAUCCAGAGUCAUUCGAAAAAGAGGGCUGGUCCAUACAACGCACAGAUUUGCAUCUGGGAAAGUCUAUUGGCAAAGGAGAGUUUGGAGAUGUUCUUCAAGCUGAAUACAGAGGAAAAAAAGUAGCUGUCAAGUCUCUGUUAGAUGACAGCCAUGCUGCUCAGGCCUUCCUAGCAGAAGCUUCUAUCAUGACGGAUUUGAAUCACAAAAACCUUGUCAAAUUAAUAGGUGUAUCAGUGGGAAAACCUAUUUUCAUUGUAACAGAAUUUUGUGGAAAAGGAAGUUUAGUAGAAUACCUAAGAACAAGAGGGAGGACUGUGAUUAGACAGAAGGAUCUAGUAGGAUUUGGAAGGGAUGUAGCUGCUGGUAUGGAGUAUUUAGAGUCAAAGAAUUUGGUUCACAGGGACCUGGCUGCAAGGAAUGUUCUCAUACAUGAGGAUGGAACAGCAAAGGUGUCAGAUUUUGGACUUGCACGAGAAGCUAACUUUAAUUUAGAAGGAGGAAAGUUCCCUAUCAAGUGGACAGCACCUGAAGCCAUCAAACAUGGGAGGUUUUCAACGCAGUCUGAUGUGUGGAGUUAUGGUAUCUUACUGUGGGAACUGUUUUCUUUUGGCAGAACUCCAUACCCCAGAGUGCACAUAGACAAUGUAAUGGUUAAAAUUGAAAGUGGGUAUCGCAUGGAAUGCCCUGAUGGAUGCCCUGUUGGAGUUUACGAUGUGAUGAAAGAUUGCUGGGACAUCACUCCAAAUCAACGACCAACAUUCCACAAAAUAUACAAGACCUUAGAACGGUUUCACCAAUCAUUUUUACCAGAUGGAAACUGAUGCUACCUUCUUGAAAUAUAACUCCUUUUGGUAAUGAAACCAUAUCUGUCAGAAUGAGAAAUGCUUUGAUUGUCGAUGUCAAUCUUUCCUUUCUCAGUGACAAAAGUUGUAAUAAUAACUCCAUGAAGCAUCUCAUUUCACUUCCACCCAGAAUUUUGAUGAAAUUAGUUUUGUGUUUCAAUUUUCUUUUUCUUUUUUUUUUUUUAUUUGAUGAGGAAAGUUUCUAAAGUUAGUUUUGGUAAGAAAAGUAAAUUUGUAAAGAAAGCAUUCAAUUUUUAUUUAUCUUUGAAGUUCUAUGGUGAAACAGUCGCCAUUAAUUAGCUCAUGAACAAGUAGGUAAUAAAUGCAAUAUUGAUAUGGAAAUGAUAAUACCUAGGUAACAAUAUAUAUCAAGUUUAUUGUUAGACAUCUGUGAAAUAUCCAUCUGAUUUAUUUUCCACUUCAGCUAGAGAUGUAAUUUAAGUGAUAGACAAAAAUGACAGAAGUUUAACAUGAAUUUAUCAUAUGAUUUUCUUUUGAGCUAUUGAUUUGGACAGCCCAAAUAGUUUAUCUAAUCAAGGAGUACUUUUGCUCUUUUUUUUUUCCCUCAAGACAUGGAGUCAAUUUAGAAUUUAACUCCAAAUUUGACAAUUUCUUAUCAAUGCCACAAAGUUAGUAACAGUUUUUGUAACUAUAAGGACUUAAAUUUAAAUUUAAUGAGCCUUUUUUUAUACACGUGUAUAAUAUUUGACUUAAAGCACCUAAGAAGUUGAGAUGCAGAAGCAGAAGUCUAAAUUAGUGAUAAGUAAUUGGUUGCUAGUUGGAUGUUACUGGAUGAAGAGAAGAAAGUUGCAUCUUACUUCUCUCAAUUAUAUCAUUGCUUAUCUAUUAAACAACUUGAUCACAUAUAUGUUGUGAGCUUAAGAGAUACUUUAGGAGCAGGAAGCUUUUCUAGGUGCCCUAUAGAUAAAGACAGGCUCUACAGAAUAUUAAAAGGUUCACAGGAAAGGUUUCUGAAAGGAAGGAGGUGUAGGAGGGUGCAAAAGAAACGUAAAAUGGCCAUUGAAAGUAAAUAAGUUUAAGUUGCUCUUGUGUUAGUGAUUGGAUCAUGUUGCUAUUGCAGUUAUAAGUAGGACUGGUGACUAUUUGAAAUUCUUAUUUGCCAGAUUAAAAGGCUAAGCAAAUCUGUUCAGACCUUUGCCGUAGCCACUGGAACCUCUCAUGGGUUUGUCUGUGAUAGAAAGUAGUUGUAUGUUUUGAUCUGUGGCAUCCAGUAAUUGUCUUUCUCCUACCUUAGGUCCUUUCGGGCCUUUCACUGUUAAUCAGCAACAUUUUUUCUUGCUUGAGUGUAAUUAAAGUAAUACUGGAAGUAAAUAAGUUUAACAUUUUUAAUCAUCUGCAGUAACUAUUUUAACCAAAAUCAAAUCCUUUUAUCUGUGAUCCUGGCAAUUUCAUGAUAACCAAGUUCAAAGUUAAUCAUGGAAAAUUGAUGCACUAGUCAUUCUUUUGUAGGUCAUGUGAAUGAUUUGCUACAAGAACUAUUUUUAUACUAUGGAAAAUAUAUUUCUGUAAACAGGAUGCCCAUAAUAGAUGGUUGUUCUGUUAACAUUGCUUAAUUGGGUGAAAUCUUAAAGUUUGAAUAUUAGGCAUCAGUAGAUUUAAGUGAGAAUGUCAAUGUUAAGUUCUUUGUACAUCCAACACUUUGUAAAUGAAGAAUCAUUAACCCUUCACACAAUAACAUCAGUAUCCAUAUUCUCCAAACUCUUCUCUUCACAUUUGCUUUGGUACUGAUAAGGAGAAUUGUUUUAACAAUCAGAGCCUUUUAGGUUGGCUAUAAUUUCCUUUAUUUUCAUGAUCUUGAUUAAUGAUUCAGCAGAAUUAUUGUUGGGAGAAAUUAGGUGCUGGUCACUCUUAGGGCUUAAAGGGUUAAGGUGGGAGAACUUUAAGUUGUACUAAACUCAAAUAUAUUGAAAGAAUAUUACUUUAUACUUCAUAGGAAAGCAAGUUAUUAGUCUAGGCCUUAAAAUGUAUCUUUUAAUUAUUACUGUAAGCUGUGUGUUAAUCCCAUGUCACCAACUAUGAUAUCCUUUAAUUUUUUCAUUUAAUAGGAUUAGCAAUUCUUUUACCAUUGUUUCUGUUGAAAAGUAAUAUCAACUUGUGUCUUCUUAGACUAAUUCUAGACUUGAAAAAUAUUUUAGGAUCUUCAUUUUUUUGUAAAGCUUAAGCUUGUAAUAAAAAGUGUGUGUUGAGAGGUAUCUUCAUUUAAAUUUCGUAAUUCCCUCUGGUAAAUAUAAUUUUUUAAGUUGUCAUGAAUAUGGAAGCUAUUUUUCAUACACAAGUGUUUAUAUGAAUAAAGGAAAACAACAGUUCCAGAG